AUGGGCUACAUCAUGUCGGGCUCCCGCCACAGCCGCAUGAACGCGAUCCGCAUCCGCAAGGAGAACCAGAUCUACAGUGCGGAGGAGAAGGCGGCGCUGGCCAUGUUCAACUACGAGGAGAACAAGGCUAAGGAGGCCAAGAUCCUGGAGGACAUGCGGCGGCUGGUGGACAGGACCAUGGGGCCCGCGCCGGCGGGCGAGGCCGGCGGCGGCGGCGGGGAGGGCGGCGGCGGGGCGGAGUGA